CUGCAUUUAUUUUGGCCAUGGCAUAGCAAUAAAUAAAGAAUGCCCAGUUAAAAGUGAAUCUCCAGUCACUGAAGAGCCUGAUUACGAAUGUAGCAAUGCCACUAAUGAACAGAAAGAACCUGAAGGUGCUGUCACCAGUGUGUCAUGUCAAGUAACAGCCGUGUCAUGUCAGACAGACUUGUCACUUGGCCUGGCUGAUUUCAGCUUCCUGACAGAGGCAGAGUCUUCUAUGGUGCUUGCUCAGUUACAGUGCUUACAAACCUCCUGGAAGUCCUUACAGAGCACAUGGGUGAAACACAUGGGCAUGGUGAACACAAACAACCAGGAAGAGAAAAAUAACAGCAAUAUGUCCCCCAGCUCAGGUUCGGAAGAUCAGCCAGAAUUUAGGUCAAGGUCAGAAGGUCACAGUGAUGCCAAUGUCAAGGUUAAAGUAGAAGAUGGAGAAAAAAGAGGGGUGCUGGACAAUAUAAUCAUGCAGAAAUUAUCCAGGGGGACUGACAGCAGCAGUGACUCCCCUGCGUCCCCUGCAUUGAGUGACCAGCCCAAGAGUUCCAGGAGUCGUAAAGGAAUUCCUUGUAAGAUCCGUAGAGUUGCAGAAGAUGAAGAUGUAGAGCAAGGUGGAGGUGAAGCUAGAGAGAUGGAGGAAGUGCCAUCUGGACAUGAGGGUGCUGGCGAAGGUGAAGAUGAUACCACACAGUCUCACCAUGGUGCCAAUAGCAAGACUGAUACUGCCAUUGAUCAUGAAGAAAACAAAACUGAAGUGCCUAACACACAAGAUCCUUCCAAGUCUAAUUACUUUGCUGCAGCGGCCAUGCCACAGUUUCCAGGGCUUCCAGCUCAGGGGUACAUCCAUCCAUUUUUCAACUUUGGUAUGCCUCUUCCACCAUUUGGUGCUGUCAUCUUCCAACAACAGCAACAAUUACAGCAGCAGCAGCAACAACAGCAGCAGCAACAACAACAUUACCAACAACUUCAGCAGCAGUUACUGUUACAGCAGAGAAAGGAUAGUCCAACUCCUGACCAGCUGCGCUUUAACUGGCCAGAUGACAUGGAGACUUAUGACCGCAUAAUAAUACGGGACCCCUCCAGUGAGAAACUAACAUAUCGAUGCACCCUGUGCCCUGAUUAUACUUCUUCUAUCAAACACCGGGCCUUUGACCACGCAGACGCUAAACACUUUAAUCUCAAGCGCCACGCAUGUGAUUCGUGCGAUUUCCGCACCACAUGUUUUGAAUCUCUUCGCUACCAUAUGGCCAGGCGAUCUAAUGGUACGUGUCCAGGGAUUGGUCAUCCUUCCCACAAAGAAUCUUCAGCUGACCAGAAGAGCGAUGAUUUGGUCGGAAGCCAAGAACCACAAACUGAAGUUUGCCCAACCCCCAGAUUUGCAAAAGUAUGAGGCGGCCAUGCAGACUUUCAAUGCACUUGAUGCUGUUGGGAAGAGAAAGACUAUGCAUAAGUGUCUCUACUGUGGCUUUACUUCACAAGCUCGUA